AUGCGUCGAGAAAGCAGCAAACAGGAAAGUUCCGAUGAUGAUGAUGAUGAGCAACAAGGAAAAGUUCUGAUGCACAUUCCACCUCCUUUGGCCAGAUCUCGCGGACGACCUCGAAAGGCCGAAAGUGAGCGACGAAGGCGAGAGGCGGAGGCUAGGAUGAAAAAGAUGGUGGAAGAGGGAAAUGAUGUUCGCAAUAUGAUUGAUCCAAGCGAGUUGCAUUGCAUUUGUCGACAACCGUUUGAUGACAGAAAAUUCUAUGUUGCUUGCAGUCAAUGUCAACAAUGGUUCCACGGAAAAUGCAUUGGAUUAAGUGAGAAGAGGGCUCGUCGUUUAAGCCGCUUUGUAUGUCAUGAUUGCCGCUCACCACAAGAUGAAGAAAGCGAAGAAAUUGAUGAUGCUGGACGUGGUGAAGUGAAACAUGAUCCUGGAUCUCAUCCUGAUGAAAUGACGGAGGACGAGGAUCAGGAGGAAGAGGUGGAGGUCGACGUCUUAAACGAUCAACAAACGACGGAGGGUCAAGAACACUUUGAAAUUUCUGACAUCCAACCCAAGGACGAGCUCUUUGCCCUGUCACACUCCAUACAACGAAGAAAAAUUUUACAACGAGAUGCUCAACAAAUUGAGAGCUAUCCUUGUCCCUCCUGUCAAAGCCAUAUGGAACAACAACAGCAUAGCAAUCAACAAUUUGAACGGCAUUCGUCCAGGUCUUUUGAAGCUGUUUCCGAACAUCGCAACACAUGGCCAUUCAAAGAAACCGUUGACGUUGACGAAUUCCCAAAUUAUCAUCAAAUUGUGAAAAAUCCAAUUGAUUUGUCAAUCAUUGAGAAUCGACUUCGGAGUCAGUGUUAUAGUAGCCAUAUCGACUUGCACGCCGAUUUACAGCUGAUGGUCUCGAAUGCAAAGCUUUUCAAUCAGAAGGGAUCCGCUAUUUACCAAUGCGCUGAAGGAUUGAGGCAG